AUGCGCUCUCCCCAAGGACACGAACAGUGGCUCAGUCGGUCGGAAUGCAUUGCCGCGGAUGCCUGGCUGAAUCCACACUUCGUUGAGCUAUGCGGAGUACCGCAUAGAUCGUCGCGUAAGACGUCCCGAGGGCCGCAUGCCUGGUCCACACGCCUCAUCAUCAGGCCGCAGAGCGACCUUAAGCACCGAAGCCCCACGGGCCCUGCGGUUCAGCCUUGUAAUUGGGUUUUGACGUUCAAUAAGCUACCGAUAAGAUAG